UAGUCAUUUUAAAUCUAUUUUUGGUCAUUUGGUCAUCAUCCAUCCAUAAAUAUAAAAUAAAGUAUUUUUUAUGUCCUAAAUAUUGACAAUUCGCCAGUCCGACAUGAACAAACAAAACAAACAAGUUGAGUUGUUGUUUUUCCUGACUGUUUUGAACGCAGCAUCAGGUUCCCGCCCCUCCUCCGGCUCCUCUUCCGGUUCAGAUCAACAUGGCGGCUGCUGGCUGACAGUUUAUUUCAGUGUUUUCAGAUCAAAUAAACUAAAUUAAUCCGGAUCUCUGAGUCCGUUCAGGCCGGCGGUCCCGGUAAACCGGUACACGGUUCAGACCAGCCGGAACCGGUCCUGGUGCUGACGGAUCCGGACUGACCGGACCUGCAGACCCCCAUCGUCAUGGAGAAGUUUGGGAUGAGUUUCGGGGGCGGUCCCGGCAGGAAGGAGCUGCUGGACACCAUCGAGUCCCAGAAGAAGCAGCUGGUCCAGUACCAGAGCCGCUUCAAGGACGUGGUCCGGGCCUACAAGAGUCUCCUGAAGGAGAAGGAGGCCCUGGAGGCCAGUCUGAAGGUCCUGACUGUAACCCAGGAGGUGGACCUGAACCAGCACGGCCAGCACGCUACCGCCGCCUCCGACCUCCCGGACGACGGCUGCUCGCUGCACAGCGAGGACAGUGUGGACACGGCGGCGUCCGUGGACACGGCGGCGUCCGUGGACACGCCCACUGAGACCACCAGAGGGGACCAGAGCGAGGAGGACCCGGGAGAACCAGGAAAGUCCGGCUCAAUGACUCUGACGCGGUCCGACGGCGAGGCCGACAGCGGCGUGGCAGCGCCGGAGCAGCAGGCCACGCCUCCUCUCAGCACGGAGGCGGACCGCCGAGUCGCCCAGCUGAAAAACCAACUGAGCACGCUCACCGGCGCCCUCGCCACGGUGACGCAGGAGAAGUCUCGGAUGGAGGCGAGCUUCCAGGCCGACAAGCGUCAGCUGAAACAGGAAGUGGAGGAGCUCCAGGACCGUCUGGGCGCCGCGACCUCGCAGCAGGAGGCGGAGCUUCGAGCCCUGCAGCAGCAGCUGGCGGAGAGCCGCGCUCGCAUCAUCACGCAGCAGCACGAGCGCGAGCAGGAGCAGGGCGACCACGUGCAGCAGCUCCGCGAGCUGCAGAGGAUCCUGCAGCAGGAGAGAGACCUGCGGCAGGACGCCGAGCUCCGCCUCCAGGACGCCGCCGCCGCACUCCUGGUGACAUCACAGGCCGUGGACCGGGAGGCGGAGUCUGAGGCGCACCUGAACCAGGCGAGGGAGGAACGAGACCAGCUGAGGAGACGACUGCAGGCCGCCGAGGAGGACCAGAAGAGACCUGAUCCCAGAGUGGACGAACUGCAGCGACAACUGACGGAGCUGAAGAGCCACCUGGAGCAGCAGAUCCACAUCGAGACCAGGAAGGGCUGCGAGGCGGAGGAGCGGGCCGGCGAGCGCGCCCAGGCGGCGGAGGUUCGGGUCGCCGGUCUGGAGCAGCGAGUCUCCGAGUUGUCGGAGCUGCUGGGUUCCUGCGAGAAGACGAGGCAGCGCGACCAGCAGGCGGCUCAGAGGCUCCGGGACCGGAUCCUGCAGCUGGACACCGAGAACAAAACGCUCGCCAUCGCCGCCACCGCGUCCCGCCGGAGGAGCUCCGCCGCCGACCUCGCCGGCGCCGACGAGUCGCAGCUGGACGUCUCCGCCCUGAAGGAGAAGAUGGAGAAGGUGAAGAAGCUGCUGCUGCUGGCGGCGCAGAGGAACCCGGAGCAGAACAUUCAGAACAUCCUGGACGCCUCGCCGGAGCCCGGCGGCGGCGGCGGCGAGAAGACGGCGGCGUUCUACCAGCAGGAGCUGCGGCAGGUGCGGGACGAGUUUGAGCGCUACAAGCUGCGAGCGCAGGUCGUUCUGAAGAACAAGAACGCCAAAGAUGGCUGCCAGGCGAAGGAGCUGGAGGAGGUGCGGGACCAGCUGGCCGAGCUCAAGGAGAAGUACAUCAACCUGCGUAUCCAUAGCGACGAGGCCGAGACCCGCCACCGCCACCAGCUGGAGGAGGGGCAGCAGCACGCCGCCGCGCUGCAGCUCGCCCACCGGCAGGAAGCGGAGCGGGCGGAGUCGCUGCACCGCGACGACCUGCUGCGGCUGGAGGCGGAGCUCCACAAGCAGCGAGAGAGGACCAUGGCGCUGCUGCACGAGAAGGACCGCGAGCUGGAGAGGCUGCGGGCGGCGGCGGCGCCCGGAGACAACGCGGCCUGUUUACAGGUGUUUACAGACGACGACCACGAGAGCGCCGAGGGUGACAUCAUCAGCCAGGCGCUGCGGCGGGCGGCGCCCAAUGAGCCCACGCUGCUGCUUUACGCUGAGCAGCUCGCCAGGAAGGAGGUGGAGGCAGGCGGGCUGCGGCGCCAGAAGAACCGGCUGGAGGAGGACGUGCACCAGCUGCAGGCGAGGGUCAUCGCCAACGCCGAGCGCCACGAGGAGGAGACGGCCGAGCUGCGAGGGCGACUCGACAAGCUGAUCCGAGACCAGAACCGAGAGGGCGCCAACAUGGAGUACCUGAAGAACGUCAUCUAUAAGUUCCUCACGCUGCAGGACGCCAGCGGGCGCCAGCAGACGCUCAACGCAAUCCUGACCAUCCUGCACUUCAGCCCGCAGGAGAAGACGCACGUCCAGCGGCUGCAGAGCGCCACCUGGUGGACCAACACCAGAUAAUAGACCUGCAGAGCUCCACCUGGUGGACCAACACCAGAUAAUAGACCUGCAGAGCGCCACCUGGUGGACCAACACCAGAUAAUAGACCUGCAGAGCGCCACCUGGUGGACCAACACCAGAUAAUAGACCUGCAGAGCUCCACCUGGUGGACCAACACCAGAUAAUAGACCUGCAGAGGGCCACCUGGUGGACCAACACCAGAUAAUAGACCUGCAGAGCGCCACCUGGUGGACCAACACCAGAUAAUAGACCUGCAGAGCUCCACCUGGUGGACCAACACCAGAUAAUAGACCUGCAGAGGGCCACCUGGUGGACCAACACCAGAUAAUAGACCUGCAGAGCGCCACCUGGUGGACCAACACCAGAUAAUAGACCUGCAGAGCGCCACCUGGUGGACCAACACCAGAUAAUAGACCUGCAGAGCGCCACCUGGUGGACCAACACCAGAUAAUAGACCUGCAGAGGGCCACCUGGUGGACCAACACCAGAUAAUAGACCUGCAGAGCUCCACCUGGUGGACCAACACCAGAUAAUAGACCUGCAGAGGGCCACCUGGUGGACCAACACCAGAUAAUAGACCUGCAGAGGGCCACCUGGUGGACCAACACCAGAUAAUAGACCUGCAGAGGGCCACCUGGUGGACCAACACCAGAUAAUAGACCUGCAGAGCUCCACCUGGUGGACCAACACCAGAUAAUAGACCUGCAGAGCGCCACCUGGUGGACCAACACCAGAUAAUAGACCUUUAAAUGAUUAAAACCUGGAUGGAGUCUGGUUCUGAGGGUAAAGUUAAUAUUAUAUGAAUUUUACAAUUCCACACUGUCAUUUAUCAGACAAUAUGAAUGAAGUUCUGUGUUUAACUUCUAUAUUUAACUCAUAUGUAUAUUUUUGAUUCUGAAGUUGAAAUUAAACUAUUUUUCCUUCUUCAAAAACUUCUGUCGUUUAUUCGUCUGAUGACUGUUAAUAAUAAUGGAGUCUGGUGCAGCAGAGCUUUAAAUCAAUGUAUAGUUUUGUUUUUGUUUUUCUACAGUUUUUUUUAAGAUGUUUAAAAAAUAUUUUUACUAUAGUUUGUACAUUUUUCAAAAAUAGAAUGUUAUGCUUUUAACCUGUAGCAUUUUGAGAUUUCCUGUAAUGUAAAGUGCAUUACAAAUGAAAUGUAUUAUUAUUAUUAUUAUUACAUUUUUCAAAAC